CAAGGCCCGGCGUUGCCGCCGCAAUCCCCCCCCACCCCGCCAGCGCGGAGCGGAGGUGUCGACCUCAGCGGGAAUGCCCCAGGCCCGGCUCUCAUUCCCGUGUGCGGCAUUGUUUGGCGGGGCCCCACCAUGGACGGACCCGACACCUCUUCCUCUGUCGUUCCGAUACGCCGGCCCAAGAACGAGACGGUGGAGUGGCUCAAUCGACGAGAACUUGGAAUCAGAAUGUCUCUUUUUCGGGAUAGAGGCAGAAUGACGACAGAGACUUGCGAUCACUUCAAUCGGGCCGAAGAGCGCCGCGGAACCAUGUUGGCAGCACUUAAUCCAAAACCUGGUCAGCCUAUUGUUAUCCUGCAAUCACCUCCAUCCGAUCAGAACAGAACCCUACGUGCAGCUAUUGGGGGAGAGCCCCCUCCCCCCCGCUACAAAAAAAAAAUGUCAAGGCAAUGUUGGAGAUACCAAGUAGCGCAAAUUGGGAGAAAUAAAAGUUGGGGGGACAGGGAGGGCCGUGUAAGUCCAUUGGUUUCUUCUGCAGGGCCGAUAUCGCACACCAGACAAACAAAGCUUUUUCCCCACACCCCAAGAUCUUCUGGCGGAUCGACGAAGGGACUCUUACCAGCCAUUGCGAACAGUACGACCGGUCAGUUAUCACGUCAAGGACUUAUGGAACCUGAUGCCCUCAUAAUAGCAGGCCACGACUCGCGACACUUUUCAAACCUGUCGGCUUCGUCCGCGAGGAGCUCCAUGACCAGCUCUGCUGUAUCUAUCGGAAGGACUCGGGAAGCACGUCAGACAGCUCUCCCCGGUGGCUUGAUCACGAGACUGGUUGUUGUAGUGAUGAGGGGCGAAUGUGGACGCACAAAACUCUAAUCGACACGAUGGCCAUCUGGCAAUCCCAUCGUGGACCCGGACAAUGUCCGAAAAUAUCCCCAGACUAGAGUUUGCAGCAACAGAGAGACCCAAUCAAGAGCAGCAAUAUGA